AUGGAUGACUCUCAAGGAAAGUUGUUUGUACUGCAGAGUCAACCAAGUGCAGGCGUCGCAAACCGUUGUGAUUUGCCAGAGCACAGGGGAAGUUCGUCAGGACAGCUGGCCAUUAUCAAUUACAAAAAUGCCAGCUUGCAAGCAGAGGUGAUUUGGUUAGCAAAGUUGGCGUCAUUUAACUUUAGCUUUCGCUCAGUUGACAAUAUUGGCAACACAUUUAAAGCGAUGUUUCCUGACAGCAAGAUUGCUUCAAGUUUUUCAAGGGGCAGAAGCCGUGCAUCCUAUGUUAUUGGGGAAGGCUUGGGCCCUCACUUCACACAGGUAUUAUAUAAAGUGCAAUUUGAAUAGGCAAAUGAGUGCAUAUUUAUGUGUUAUUCUUGAUAUCAAUGGAAGUUUAUGUCAGUCUUUCAUCUUUUAAUUUGGUGUAUGAAUAAAAAAGGUUAACUUACUAUAAAUUUUUGUGUUUCUAUCACCAGGUAAUUGUUGAUGAUGUAAAGAAGUCGGAAUUGCCUUUUUGUUUACACUUUGACGAAACCUCCACCACGCAGGUCAAGAAACAGAUGGAUCUUACCUUUCGUUACUGGUCCCCGACUCAUAAUGAAGUCUGGAUAAACUUCUAUACCUCUUUAUUUUUUGGUCAUGCAGAGGGUGAGAAGGUGGCUAACCGUAUCUUCCAAACAAUGUUGAAAGAUGGCCUUCCAAUAACGAAGCUAUGCACUUUGGUAAGAGAUGGCCCUAAUGUCAAUAAAACGAUCCGUUACAUAUCUACAGUCUCAUGUCCCUCUUCAGAACACUCUCUUAAAAGCAUUAGGAUGUCUCAGUCCUGUUAA